AUGCUGAGGCCGGAGAUCUCAUCCACCUCGCCUUCAGUCCCUGCGGCUUCCCAGUCAUCCACGGAGCCUUGGUCACAAGGGCCCCGCUACAAUUUCGGACUCCAGGAGACCCCUCAGAGCCUCCCUUCAGCCAAGGCCUCUGCCUCCACCCCUUGGGGCACGUCCGGGGCCGCGGGCGACCGGAGCAGCAGCAGCAGCCUCCCCGGUCCUGUGCCCACCGCCCUGCCGGCUCCCCGUUCAUACUUUGAAAACAAAAGGUCCUAUGCAGAAAAUACAUUUGCAUCAAAUUUUAAUUUUGGAACAAGCUCAUCUUCUGCACGAGACAAUAAUUAUCCUCAAACACUAAAAACUCCAUUGUCUGCUGGAAAUCCACAGAGAUCAGGAUAUAAAAGUUGGACACCGCAAAUAGGAUAUUCAGCUACAUCUUCAUCUGCAGUUUCUGUACACUCCCCAUCAGUUAUUGUAGCUGUUGUAGAAGGGAGAGGACUUGCCAGAGGUGAAAUAGGAAUGGCAAGUAUUGACUUAAAAAGCCCACAAAUUAUAUUAUCUCAGUUUGCAGAUAACACAACAUAUGCAAAGGUGAUCACUAAACUCAAAAUUUUAUCACCUUUGGAAAUAAUAAUGUCGAAUACUGCUUGUGUUGUGGGGAAUUCAACUAAGUUGUUUACUCUGAUCACAGAAAAUUUCAAGAAUGUAAAUUUCACUACAGUCCAAAGGAAAUACUUCAAUGAAACAAAAGGAUUAGAGUACAUUGAACAGUUAUGCAUAGCAGAAUUCAGCACGGUCCUGAUGGAGGUUCAGUCCAAGUAUUACUGCCUUGCAGCUGUGGCAGCUUUAUUAAAAUAUGUUGAAUUUAUUCAAAAUUCAGUUUAUGCACCAAAAUCCCUGAAGAUUUGUUUCCAAGGUAGUGAACAGACAGCCAUGAUAGAUUCAUCUUCAGCCCAAAAUCUUGAAUUACUAGUUAAUAAUCAAGACUCGAGGAAUAAUCACACUCUCUUUGGUGUUCUAAAUUACACUAAGACUCCUGGAGGGAGUAGAAGACUUCGUUCUAAUAUAUUAGAACCUCUAGUUGAUAUUGAAACCAUUAACAUGAGGUUAGAUUGUGUUCAAGAACUACUUCAAGAUGAGGAACUCUUCUUUGGACUUCAGUCAGUUAUAGCAAGAUUUCUUGAUACGGAGCAGCUUCUUUCUGUUUUAGUCCAAAUUCCAAAGCAAGACACGGUUAAUGCAGCUGAAUCAAAGAUAACAAAUUUAAUAUACCUAAAACAUACCUUAGAACUUGUGGAUCCUUUAAAGAUUGCUCUGAAGAACUGUAAUACACCUUUAUUAAGAGCUUACUAUGGUUCCUUGGAAGAUAAAAGGUUUGGAAUCAUACUUGAAAAGAUUAAAACAGUAAUUAAUGAUGAUGCAAGGUACAUGAAAGGAUGCUUGAACAUGAGGACUCAAAAGUGCUAUGCAGUGAGGUCUAAUAUAAAUGAAUUUCUCGACAUAGCUAGAAGAACAUAUACCGAGAUUGUAGAUGACAUAGCAGGAAUGAUAUCGCAGCUAGCAGAAAAAUAUAGUCUUCCUUUAAGGACAAGUUUUAGCUCUGCUAGAGGAUUUUUCAUUCAGAUGACUAUAGAUUGUGCAGCCCUACCCAAUGAUCAACUUCCUUCAGAGUUUAUUAAGAUCUCUAAAGUGAAAAAUUCUUAUAGCUUUACAUCAGCAGAUUUAAUUAAAAUGAAUGAAAGAUGCCAAGAGUCUUUGAGAGAAAUCUAUCAUAUGACUUAUAUGAUAGUGUGCAAACUGCUUAGUGAAAUUUAUGAACAUAUUCAUUGUUUAUAUAAAUUGUCUGACACUGUGUCAAUGCUGGAUAUGCUACUGUCAUUUGCUCAUGCCUGCACUCUUUCUGACUACGUUCGGCCAGAGUUUACUGAUACUUUAGCAAUCAAACAAGGAUGGCAUCCCAUUCUUGAAAGAAUAUCUGUGGAUAAACCUGUUGCCAACAAUACCUAUAUUACAGAAGGGAGUAAUUUUUUGAUCAUUACUGGACCAAAUAUGAGUGGGAAAUCCACAUAUUUAAAACAGAUUGCACUUUGUCAGAUUAUGGCCCAGAUUGGAUCAUAUGUUCCAGCAGAAUAUUCUUCCUUUAGAAUUGCUGAACAGAUUUUUACAAGAAUCAGUACUGAUGAUGAUAUAGAAACAAAUUCAUCAACUUUUAUGAAGGAAAUGAAAGAGAUAGCAUAUAUUCUCCAUAAUGUUAAUGACAAAUCACUCAUAUUAAUUGAUGAACUUGGCAGAGGUACUAAUACAGAAGAAGGUAUUGGCAUUUGUUAUGCUGUUUGCGAAUAUCUGCUGAGCUUAAAGGCAUUUACACUGUUUGCCACACAUUUCUUGGAAUUAUGCCAUAUAGAUGUCCUGUAUCCUAAUGUAGAAAACAUGCAUUUUGAAGUUCAACAUGUAAAGAAUACCUCAAGGAAUAAAGAAACAAUCUUGUAUACGUACAAACUUUCUAAGGGAUUCACAGAAGAAAAAAAUUAUGGAUUAAAAGCUGCAGAGGUGUCAUCACUCCCACCAUCAAUUGUCUCAGAUGCCAAAGAAAUCACAACUCAAAUUACCAGACAAAUUUUGCAAUAUCAAAGAAGUACCCCUGAGAUGGAAAGACAGAGAGCAGUGUACCAUCUAGCUACUAGGCUAGUUCAAACUGCUAGAAACUCUCGGUUGGAUCCAGACAGUUUACGAACAUAUUUAAGUAAUCUCAAAAAGAAGUAUGAAGCAGAUUUUCCUAAGGCUGAGCAAGUUUUAGGAAGGACUGAAGAAGAAUAA